AUGCCUGGUAUCUUGCCCAUGAAAGUGAUCAAGGUCGGCGGCACUGGUACGUCGAGCCGCAUCGCCCAAGCCUGUGACCGAUGCCGAAGCAAAAAGAUCCGCUGCGACGGGGUCCGACCUUGUUGUUCGCAAUGCGCCAACGUUGGCUUCGAGUGCCGUACGAGCGACAAACUGAGUCGCCGAGCAUUCCCUAGAGGAUAUACCGAAUCGUUAGAAGAGCGAGUCCGUAGUCUGGAGACUGAGGUCAAGGACUUGAAGGAUCUAUUGGACGAGAAGGACGAAAAGAUCGACGUUUUAUCCCGGAUACAUUCGUUUUCACCACCCUCACAACGAACCGCUUGUGCCCGGUCUCCCUCGGCCUCUGCGACGGCAAAAUCGAGCAGUUCGGAGUCAUCGGAGGGUGUUAUUCAUGUGGAGAGAUCCUCUAACCGGAAGUCCCGGCAAUCCCAGAACCCUUUUACCGGGUUCUCUAGCACCAAAGGCUUUGCAGAUGUGUUCAAUGAUAAGCUUGUCCGCGAAGGGAAAUCCGUGGCCAAAAUAUCCACCGAAGCACUCACCGCUUUGCCUCCCUCGGUAUCUCAGGGUGCACCGAACCAGGCUGUGAAAACGCCACCCCGCUUGGUGUCGGAUCAGCUGAUUAACAUCUUCUUUCAAGAAUGGGCGCCACUGUACCCCGUGGUACAUCGCCCGACUAUCUUGAAGGCCUAUGAGCAAUAUCUCAACAAUGCAGAGAGUCUACAGCGCAAUGUUCAUGUUAUGGCACAGUUAAAUCUGAUCUUUGGCAUUGCAGCUCUCUCUUCAAUGCCACGAACCAGUCAAGAUCCUACUUUCUUUGAACAAAAUUGGUCGGCUACUCUGGACUCCUUGUCAAGUGAAACAUCGAUUGCUAGUCUGCAGUGCUUUGUUCUUGGCCAAAUUUACUGCAUGACGAAGGGUGACUAUCGCACGUUACUCCGCUACCGUGCUCUUGGAGUUGAUGUCUGCCAUCAACUUGGACUCCAUGAAAAUGAGGAAAGCCCAGCCAAUCCUCUAGAGGACGAGACUCGCAAGAAGGUUUUCUGGUCUCAAUACGUGCUGGAUCGAUUCUGCUCCGCGUUCACUGGUUUGCCUGUCCUUCUACGCGAAGAGGAUAUCCAAGCCCAGUACCCGGUCGAUGUGGACGAUGAAAAUGUCACCGAGACUGGAUUCCUGCCUACUCUCCCUGGCGAGUCUACUCGCAUCUCUAGCGCCAUCGCUCUGUUUGGUGCUGCGAGAAUUUUGAACAAAGCUUUGGAAGGCCUAUAUCCCUCAAAGUCCUACUAUGAUGUUUAUAUCUCGAAGAUCCGCUCAGUAUCUGGACAACUAGAUGAUUGGCUUCACAAUCUGCCCGCUCAUCUUCGUCUCGAAUACAGUCAAGAUAAGCCAAGCACGAAUGUCACAAGCAGCCGAUCUCCGCUACUGUCCCUUGUCUACUAUCUCAUUCGCUCUUUGAUUCACCGCCCGGCCGUUUGCUUUGCCGACGACAGCCUUCGCUCUCCGUCGGUCUUGGCAUUGUCUGACUCUUCAAAGCAUAUGCUUCAGAUCCUUGACUUGCUGGAUGAGAGACGAUUGUGUCUUUCAUUCAGCAUCAACCGGAUGGAGCUGGUCUUCCUCUCCGGACUUGGACUCCUGUGGCAAACUUUAGGAGUCAAGCGCGACAGCAAGCUGGCAAAGGAAUCCCAGAAGCUACUUGGCGCCGCCAUGGUGCACCUUGGAGCGGAGUCAAGUGCUGCCGCUGCCGAGUUCGGCACACUGUCGAACACACUGGUUUCAUUACACACCGAAAGACGACCAUCUAUGGGCAAACAUCAGACAUCCCAGGAGAUGAUUGCGCCAGCGCAAAAGCCAAGCAAAUCGCCCAAGAAACAUGCGUCCGACCCACAAGCGCGGCUUGUCUCCUCUGUACGCGACCAGCAGCACCAACAAAUCCCAUCGCCUCAAUCCCGCCGGAACACUAUCUCCGGUGCCACUCCACCUCAUGUAGUCCAGUCUCUCCGGUCCCCCAGUUGGACCAGCUUACCCCCUUCUCAAUCCGAUCAGCUCCCCGGCCCGCCAUACCACUCUCCUCUUGAUCGAACCUCAGACCCCCGUCUAGCUGGCCAGAUGGGAUACGAACACCAUCGCUCCAUGUCCUGCUCUACCCCCUCUGACCCCGCUACCAGUGGCAUUACCAUGGCCGAUUGGGAAUAUGUACUAAGCGACAUGGACCGCGGCUACUCGAACAUCUUCACUGGAAUCUACGGCGGCAAGGAAUGCGGCGAGGACCCUGGUCCCUUUGCUUCCAUCACGGCAGAAUACAACCGCAAGCCCAACGACGCACCCUUGAACAUUCCUCAGCCCGAGCUGCACGACCUCUCACCGGAAGCCUGGUCUGCUAGCAGUGGCGACCUGGCCCCUCAACAAGGACACACCGCGCAGAGUGUCCUCAGUUACUCCAGUGAGAGCCUGGGAAGCGUGGAUGAUUCAUUGGCGCCCUAUGCCGACGCUCGUGUCCUUCCCGAGGAUAUCAAUACCCUGGAUCCGUUCCACGCUUUUGGUAUGCCCGAGGAGAAGAUCGAGGAGUCCGAUGAAUUUGGUCUAUAUGGCUGGGACCGACGGCUGGCCGUCUGA